GAUAUUAAAUGUGUUUGUAUUUACGGCGGCGGAGACCGAGCGACUCAAAUCAAUAGUGUGGGCAAAGGGGUUGAGAUUGUGAUCGCAACUCCCGGUCGCCUCAACGAUCUCUGUAUGAAUAAACACAUAGACCUCUCAUCCGUCAGUUAUUUGGUUUUAGACGAAGCCGACCGUAUGCUUGAUAUGGGUUUUGAGCCGCAAAUCAAGAAAAUACUGCUUGACGUGAGGCCUAACCGCCACACUGUAAUGAUGUCAGCCACUUGGCCUCAAACUGUUCGUCGACUGGCCGUCACUUAUAUGGAAAACCCGAUGCAGGUCUACGUCGGGACUUUGAAUUUGGCGGCCGUUCACAGCGUCUCUCAACAGAUUAUUCUCACAACGGCUGAAGACAAACGCGAUAUUAUGUAUGACUUCAUCGAUAAGAUGAGAAAACAUAAUAGCGAUGAGCGAAACGAACAAAAGCAAAAAGUGAUCAUAUUUUGCGGCAAAAAAGCACUAACUGACGAUUUGGCCUCUGAUUGUGUGCUCAAAGGCAUUGAUUGCCAGUCAAUACACGGCGAUAGAGAUCAACACGACAGGGAACAGGCGUUGGAAGACAUCAAGAGUGGAGCCGUCGAUAUAUUGUUCGCUACAGACGUGGCCUCACGAGGACUUGACAUCGAAGACAUCACUCAUAUCUUUAAUUUUGAUUUUCCGCGUAAUGUCGAGGAAUACGUUCAUAGAGUGGGCAGAACUGGAAGAGCCGGGUAUAGUUGGAGAGCCAAU